UUCAGUUUAAAUACUUCGAGUCAAGCCAAACACACCCGAAUGAUAUUGGCCGAUAAGAACCGAUGAUGACUGUACGAAGGAAGAUGAGUGACCUGGGCCGGCAGGAUUUGGUAUUUAUGACUACUAUUCUACUUGCUACCAAGCAUCCAUCGCUAACGACCCACCAAAGCCACAAAUCAACCACAACAUAUACUAAGUAUAUCCCGGGCAGUGUAAAAGCGUAUCAUGCUACCAACCAUAUUGUCUAUAUCCUGUGUGCAUAUAUCAUUAGAUCCUAAGUUUUCCAAGUACCAAACCGCCUACGCCUGCGAAGGUAAGAAACUGACCAUCGAGUGCGAUCCCGGCGAUGUGAUCAACCUGAUACGGGCCAACUAUGGACGCUUCUCCAUCACCAUCUGCAAUGACCAUGGGAAUGUCGAGUGGAGUGUCAACUGCAUGUUUCCCAAGUCACUCAGCGUACUAAACACAAGAUGUGCCCACAAGCAGAGCUGCGGUGUCCUGGCAGCCACGAGCAUGUUCGGGGAUCCCUGCCCAGGGACCCACAAAUAUCUGGAGGCGCAUUACCAGUGCAUUAGUGCUGCCCAAACGUCGACGACGACCAACAGGCCCAGUCCGCCGCCGUGGGUCCUCAGCAAUGGUCCGCCAAUCUUUGGCAACGGCAGUGGCCUAAUCCAUCCGCCUGGAGGCGGAGGAGGACCGCCGCCACCGCCGCGACUGCCCACGCUGCCCGGAGUGGUGGGAAUUAGCGGGAAUCCUGGACUGUUCAAUGUGCCGCCCCAACACACGGCCGUCACCCACUCGACGCCUUCGAGCAGCACGACAUCAGUGGGCGGCGGACGUCUGAAGGGCGUGGCCAGCUCCACGACGACCACCAAGCAUCCGGCUGGUCGUCACGAUGGACUGCCUCCGCCGCCGCAACUGCACCACCAUCACAACCACCACGGCGAAGAGACCGCCGCACCCACCAAGCCGAGCAGUAAGCUUCCAGCAGUCGGCAAUGCCACUGCUCCCUCCAAUACCCGCAUCCUGACGGGAGUGGGAGGAUCCGGGACCGAUGAUGGAACCCUCUUGACCACCAAGAUCCCCAACCGACCGCCCGGCACUGCGGCCAGUGGAGCCGCCGUCUCUGGGAACGGCAGUGUGGUCCGCACCAUCAACAAUAUUAAUUUAAAUGCGGCCGGAAUGUCCGGCGGCGAUGAUGAGUCCAAGUUGUUCUGCGGCCCCACCCACGCGCGGAAUCUCUUCUGGAACAUGACCCGUGUGGGCGAUGUGAAUGUCCAGCCCUGUCCGGGCGGAGCAGCCGGCAUAGCCAAGUGGCGUUGCGUGCUGAUGAAGCGGAUGCCCGACUCCGUUUACGAUGAGUACGAUGAUGAUCCCAGCUCCACAACCCCUUCGCCCGGCGGCGGAGACUGCCUGCACAACAGCAGCAGCUGCGAGCCGCCGGUGAGCAUGGCCUACAAGGUGAACCAGCGAUUGCGCAAUUUUGAGCCUACCUGGCAUCCCAUGACUCCGGAUCUGACGCAGUGCCGCAGCCUCUGGCUGAACAAUCUGGAAAUGCGGGUCAAUCAGCGCGACUCCUCACUGAUCUCCAUUGCCAACGAUAUGUCCGAGGUCACCAGUAGCAAGACGCUCUACGGUGGCGACAUGUUGGUCACCACCAAGAUUAUCCAAACGGUGUCCGAGAAGAUGCUGCACGACAAGGAGACCUUCCCGGAUCAGCGGCAGCGCGAGGCCAUGAUCAUGGAGCUCUUGCAUUGCGUGGUCAAAACGGGCUCCAAUCUGCUGGACGAGUCGCAGCUGUCGUCGUGGUUGGAUCUCAAUCCAGAGGAUCAAAUGCGCGUGGCCACAUCUCUGCUAACUGGCCUGGAGUACAAUGCCUUCUUGCUGGCGGACACGAUUAUCAGGGAGCGCAGUGUGGUGCAGAAGGUCAAGAAUAUAUUACUCUCCGUUCGAGUGCUGGAAACCAAGACCAUCCAGUCCAGCGUUGUCUUCCCCGACUCGGAUCAGUGGCCCCUGAGUUCCGACCGCAUUGAGCUGCCCAGAGCUGCUCUGAUCGACAAUAGUGAGGGCGGUCUGGUGCGCAUCGUCUUCGCCGCCUUCGAUCGUCUGGAGUCCAUCCUGAAACCCAGCUACGAUCACUUCGAUCUGAAGAGUUCUCGCAGCUACGUUCGCAAUACAGCCAUCCUGAGCAACGACAGCGAUGCAGGUGCAGGAGAGAUGCAGCAGCGGCUCCGCAUCCUGAACAGCAAGGUGAUCUCCGCCAGCUUGGGCAAGGGGCGGCACAUACAGCUCUCCCAGCCCAUAACCCUGACCCUGAAGCAUCUGAAGACCGAGAAUGUGACGAAUCCCACCUGCGUGUUCUGGAAUUAUAUUGACCAUGCCUGGUCUGCCAACGGCUGCAGCUUGGAGUCCACGAAUCGCACGCACAGCGUCUGCAGCUGCAACCACCUGACCAACUUUGCCAUACUCAUGGACGUGGUGGACGAGCAUCAGCACUCGCUGUUCACCAUGUUCGAUGGCAACAUGCGAGUCUUUAUCUACAUCAGCAUCGCCAUCUGUGUGGUGUUCAUUGUGAUCGCCCUGCUGACGCUGAAGCUCUUCAACGGGGUCUUUGUGAAGUCCGCCCGCACCUCGAUCUAUACCAGCAUUUACCUUUGCCUGCUGGCCAUCGAGCUGCUCUUUCUACUGGGCAUUGAACAGACCGAAACAAGCAUUUUCUGCGGCUUCAUAACCAUUUUCCUCCACUGUGCCAUCCUAUCUGGCACUGCCUGGUUCUGCUAUGAAGCCUUCCAUUCGUACUCCACCCUUACCUCGGAUGAGCUCCUGCUGGAGGUGGAUCAGACGCCCAAGGUGAACUGCUAUUACCUCUUGUCCUACGGAUUGUCCUUGAGCGUGGUGGCCAUCUCGUUGGUCAUCGAUCCCAGCACCUACACACAGAACGAUUACUGCGUGCUGAUGGAGGCGAAUGCCCUGUUUUAUGCCAGCUUUGUGGUACCGGUGCUCAUCUUCUUUGUGGCUGCCAUUGGCUAUACGUUCCUUUCUUGGAUCAUCAUGUGCCGCAAGAGUCGCACUGGUCUGAAGACCAAAGAGCAUACUCGCCUGGCCAGCGUGCGUUUCGACAUCCGCUGCUCCUUUGUGUUCCUCCUGCUGCUCAGCGCCGUUUGGUGCUCCGCCUAUUUCUACUUGCGAGGUGCCAAAAUGGACGAGGACUCGUCUGAUGUAUAUGGCUAUAGUUUCAUUUGCUUCAACACUCUGCUGGGACUCUAUAUCUUCGUGUUCCACUGCAUCCAGAACGAGAAGAUCCGGCGGGAGUAUCGCAAGUAUGUGAGACAGCACGCCUGGUUGCCCAAAUGCCUGCGCUGCUCCAAAACCUCCAUUUCCUCGGGCAUUGUGGCAGGUAAUGGACCCACUGCAGGAACCCUCUGCAGCGUAUCCACCUCCAAGAAACCUAAGCUGCCAUUGGGAGUUAGCGAGGAGGUGCACGAUGAUCCCCAGCAGCAACAGCAGGGGGGAAUCCCUGUCACAGAAGAUGCCAUAAUGGGAGCCAGCUCGGAUUGUGAACUAAAUGAAGCCCAGCAGAGGAGGACUCUGAAGAGCGGACUGAUGUCGGGCACCCUGCAGGCGCCACCGCAGACACUUGGCGGCCAUGUGGUGCUCGAAAGGGGAAGCACCCUGCGAUCCACCGGCCACGCUUCACCCACCAGUUCUGCUGGAUCCACGCACCUGAUCUUCGCCCACAAGCAACAACAGCAGCAGCAGCAACAAGGACCUUUGGGCGAGUCGUACUACCACCAGCCGGACUACUACAGCUGGAAGCAGCCACCGACCGGAGGAGCCGGAGGAUUGAAGACCCCGCGGGAGUACUACAAUAAUGCCGGGGCAGCUGCCUCCUCGCCGCAGCAGGCGCACGAGGUAUUUUACUGGACACAGAAGCCGAACAGCGGGCAGCAUGGCAAGAAGAAGAGGGGCGCCGGCGGGGUUCCCGCCUCGCCGAGUGGAUCCCUGCACAGCCGCACGGCCGCCGCCUCCCAGGUGCUCUUCUAUCCCUCGUACAAGAAGACCAAGCCCGGCCAGGCGGGCGGCUAUCCGCAGUACGCGGAGGCGUUGGAUCCACCACAGGCCCCAGGCAAUGCGGCUGCCUACUACCAGCAGCAGCAGCAGUUGCGUCGUCAGCAGCAACAUCUCCAGCAGCAGCAGCAGCAACUCUCCUCGGAUGAGGAGCAGGCCGAGCAACACGCUCACCUGUUGCACCUGCAACGACGUGCUGGUGGCCAGCAGCAGCUCCCCGCUCCACCGCCGCACAUGGCGCAGUACCAGCAGGAGUUCAUGCAGCGCCAGUAUAGAAAUAAGCAUUCCAACUGUGAUCUUGGCAUGGGCGAUGCCUACUACAACCAGGGCAGCGUGGGCGGCGCGGACGGGGGGCCUGUGUACGAGGAGAUCCUGAGCAACCGCAACUCGGAUGCGCAGCACUACGAGGUGGGUGACUUCGAUGUGGACGAGGUGUACAACAACAGCGUUGGCACCGGCGUCUUCAACAACAUGCGAGCGCAGGUGGCCGCCGGCGGGAGUCGGUAUGGCGGCGGUAGCCUCAGCGGCGGCAGCGUCUCGUCCAGGAGCCAACAGCAGCAGCUCCAGAAGCAGCAGCAGCAACAACAGUCGCUGGCCCAGCAAAGAUCGGCUCGACGCUGCACGGCAGAUGAUGACGACGACGACGACGAGGACGAGGAGGAGGAUGAGGAGGCAACGGCCGCGGAGCAAUUGCACGACAGCGUCUGUGAUGAGGAUGAGGACGACGAGAGCGACUUGGAGGACGAUGCUCAUGGAUUGCCACCCCAGAGCGAUGAGCGGAUGCGUCGCCUGAUGGCAAUGCAGGACGAGGACUUUAAGCGGCGGUUUCAACGUCAGCUGCGCAAACAUGGAGCGCCCAUUGACUACGGGGCCUUGCCGCCGGGAACGGCGCCAGGAGCAGGUCCGCACCCCGAGCACAACGGUGCGGUUUUUGGGGUUAGCGGCGGCGUUGGUGAGGGCUCCAUGCGUGGCGCAUUCCGGCAACAGCAGCAGCAGCAGCAAGCACUGAAUGCCAAGUCGCCAGCCGGUCGUCUUGCGGUGAACGAGCUGUUCGGCAACGCCGGACCACCGCUGCCGCCGGCCAAUCAGACGCCCGCGCAGAAGCGUCAGCAGCUACAGAAACUGUCACCACAGUCCACCACAUCAUCGUCGUCGCAUACAUCACACAGCAACCCCAAUCCGCAUCCCCACCAGCUUAACCAUCCGCAUCCCCAUCAGCAUCCCCCGCACCACCAGCAGCGCCACCUGUCGGCCAUGCUCGAUGAGAACAACACGGUGCGGUGCUAUCUGGAACCACUGGCCAAGUGAGCCGAUGGAUCCAACUCCCCCGGAACAGUCUUAGGCAAAAAUUGUAGCUUAGGAUCUCUAGCUAUACCUAGUAUUAGUCGUUAGUCGAAAUAUGGAGCAUUGUGUGAAACAACAUGCUGUCAUGCUAUACGUGCAGUGAUUCGAGAAUCCCAAAACUUUAUGAAUGUAUAUGAAAUAACUCAAACCUAGACCAUAGGCACAUCCAGCCCACGCACGAGGGAGGAUCCAAAUAAGGAGCCGUGCAAGCUUAACCAAAUUACGAGGGAUGUGGGAUUGGGAUAUUGGGCCCUUCGACUUGCAUGCAUUUUAUACCAACUUGGAAAUCGAUAUUAAAUAUAAAUGUAUGUACCAUAUAUGUAUAAUGUAUUGUAAUACAUGUCACCACAUGCCAUUUUUAAAUACUUAAAAAAAAAUAAUUUAAACAACCAGAAAAUCAAGUAUAUAUAUAUGGAUGUAUAUGUAUAAGAUUUGAGAACUGUAUGUACAUGAUAUAUAGAAUGCAGGCGAAUUAUGUUUUAUGUAUUUUGUAAGGAAUCAAUUGUUUUUGAUUUUCGCUGAUUAUGCUCGUAAGAUAUGUAUACACAAAGACUUAAGAUUUGUUUCGUGUUUCAUAAACCAAAAAGAAAACCCACGUUUCGAGAUUUUGUAAUUUUUUGCUAUCCAACUGCCGUUUUGAACCUCUGAACCAAAUAUUCCUUCCAACUAUGAAACAAGUGUAAAGACAUCAUUUUGAGGGAAUUAUGCCAUUAUGUUGUUGCAUUUUUUUACGUUGUAAGCAAACCAGAGCGAGGCAUUUGAAGUGUACAUUUUCAUCAACAAAGAUGCUUUAAGCACACGUAUAGGGGCAUUUAUUUAUAUUUUUUGAAGAAAGCUCGUAGAAUGCUUUAUUAUUUAUGCGAUAUAAAGAAGAGAGAUUAAGUAAAACGAAUGCUAUGUAAAUGCCUUGGAAAAUGCAUUGCAGGCACCAAACCGAAACCGAUAGAGCAGCAUACGGAAAUACCUAUAUAGCAAUGAAAGAUUUCAACCAAACCUCACUUGUUAACUAGGAACUAACUGAAAACUCUUUAACCACUAGCCAGCUAAAAUCCACACACUAAACUGUACUAUCCCUAUUCCCCGAAUGGCAUUCUCUCUAGAAUUUCACGCAUGUGUACAAAAACCAAAUAAAAUAAAGUGCAAAACAAGAUGAUUACCAUA